AUGAAUGCUAAUAUGCUUAUGUUUGUUGCAGCAUGUGCAGCGUGUAAGCACCAAAGGAAAGAAUGUGAUGCAAAUUGCCAGUUAGCUCCAUAUUUUCCUUCCAAUAGAGCUGAAGAUUUUCAAAAUGUUUAUCGACUUUUCGGAGUAGACAAAACCAUAGAGUUUAUUAAUUGUGUUCCUGAUGACCAGAAGGAAAAAACUGUUGAAACCCUAAUUUUAGAGGCUAGGAUUAGGAAGGAAAAUCCUGUGCAUGGUUGCCUUGCCAUUGAAAGAAAACUGAGGGCAGAAAUUGAAGCACAUGAAAAUGAGCUUGAAAUUGUACGAAAUCAAAUUUCUUUGUGUAAGAAAAUGGCCACAUUGCAAAGAAAAGAUUACCAGUCAGAAGAGGAGCUCGAUCGAUCUUCCUUGGCUUUGGCUUCUCCAUCUGAUGCUCGUUUUACCAUGCCAGGGGGUACAAGUGGUGAUCAGAUAGCUGAUCCUUGAUUCCAGCUUCUAUUAGUGUUGAGUUGAGCUACCAUUUACCAUGGAGGAUACUUUUUCCAUAGCAAACUUAGUAUUUCCAUUUUAUCGAGCUACGUCUCGUAUGUUGUAGCCAUGUUAUAGUAUCUCCAUGACUUGUAAAAUUUGGGGUUACAUGGGUAGACUUAUCCUUUUUACUUAGCUUCCGACUUAUAUCU